CGCUGGUCGGGGCAGGGGGCGGGGUGGCCUGAGAGGCUCGGCCAGAGCCUCCGGAGGCCAACUGCGCCAACCACUUCCCAGCCCGCUUUCCCAGCGCCCGCGCGCCGCCCUCGACGGUGUCUGUGCCCGUAGGUCUGGUGCGUGUUUGAAAGGCCAGAGUGCGCAUCUGUAGGCGAGGCUUGAGAAAAAAGAGGAGAAGGAAAAUGGCCUGGAUUUCCGGAGACCUGCUUUAAGGCUGUUCAGUUCUGCAAGAAAGGAAAGAGGAGGAAGAGACUGACUCAAAUCUCUGGAGGACCCCCUGCAGUCGGCUGUGGGGCAUAACACCACUUGAACAAAGAAAGGAGGGGGAAAUUGCACCACAUCAGUGAAGAUCCACCUCCAGUGGCAGUGCUGGAGUUGCUGCAGACCACCACCCUCAACAGGUCCGCAACCACCCAGGAACCAUCCAUCCUUCCCCAGCUUGGUUAUGCGUCCUCCGCACUGUAUCUAUAUUGUUGACUGAGACUGUGGUUGGGUAGAAUCCUGAUUGACUACUUGAUUUACUCAAUUUUUUGUUCCAGCCUUAUAUCCUAAAUUGCUAAAAGUUCUGAGUGUGAAGAUACCAUUCUUUGACAGAUCUGUGCCUAAGGCUGAGACUUGGGUAAUAUAUAAUUGUACUUUGUCCAACUUUUACUAUGACUGGGGCAGAUAUUGAACCUGGAACCCAGGCUAUGCCUGAAAAGAAGUCUGGGGAAGAUGUUGUAGGCAUAGCUGAGAUAGAGAAUGAAGUCCCUCUGGUGGUCCGACCCAAGGUUAGAAUACCCAACCAGAUAAUGACUGGAGCAAGGCCAAAAACUAAGAGCAAGCUGAUGCCUGGAGCAAGGUCCAAAACUGAAUCCAAUACAGUAGUUGGGAUACAUAAUAAGGGUAAAACUAAGGCAAACCUUGGUUCAAGAUUCAAGGAUGAUGGCAAAGCCUGGACCCAAAAAUCAUUUGGGACUGAGUCCAUGUCAAAGACAGACGGAAUGCUCCAAAGCAAUGCCAAAGACUCUCCACUGUUCUGUAGUGAUUCUGGGUUUGUUACUAAAACUAAGUGCCUGUCUAUGGGUAGAGAACUGGUUAAUAUGGACGUUGAGAACUUUCCUAGAAAGAAGACUCAUUCUCAAGUGGGAUUCCAGCCUUCAUUAGGGUUAGAAGAGGUAACCAAUAUUGGGUCCUGGUGCUGUCCAGGUCCUAUAUCCAAACAAGAGGCCUCUCAGAAUUCUAAUUUUAAAUGGGUAGACAGAUCUGUGAAUACCUGGUUCUGUAGUGGAAAUGAAGUCAGUACAAGAUUUCAUCCUAGGAACAGGAUGAAAACCGGUACCAGGUCCAGGCACAUGGCCAAACAAGAGGUAGAUACCAUGUCUAGGCAGAAAAACAAGCAGGAACUUUAUAUGGUGUCUAGUUCUGGUUCUGAGGAUGAGUCUGUUAAGACAUCCUGGUUCUGGGACAAAGAAAAGACUAGUUCCUGGUCCAGGUCCAGGUCCAGGGAGGAGGCCAAUGGCAGGUCCUGGUUCGAGUCUAAGAAAGAAUUCUAUGUUGAAUCCAGUUCUGGGUCUGAUUGUGAAAAUAAUAUGAAGACCUUGUUCUGGGCUAGAGAAGAGGCCAAAUCCAGGUCCAAACACAGAGCCAGGAAUGAGGCCAAUAAGAGGGUCAGGCACAGUGCUAGGCGAGAACCUAGCAUUGAUGUCAUGUCUGCAUCUUUAGAUGUAAUAAAAAAAGAGUCCUGGUUCUGGCCUGAAGAAAAGCCUAAUUCAUUUUUAAGAUCCAAAACCAAGAAAGAGUCCAGGGCCAGAGCACUGGCAAAGGAAGAAGCCAAAACCAAGGCCAGAGCCAGGGCCAAGCGAGAAGCCAGGUCAGAAGAGGAGGUCUUCAUUGGGACCUGGCUCUGGGAUACUGAAGAGUCCAACAUGAUGGAUGGGGCCAGUGUUGACUCAAGUUCACAAGUGGAGGAUGAGUCUAUUUUUGGGACUUGGUUCUGGACUAAUGAAGAGACCAAUAUGGAGACUGAGGCCAGAAAUAAAUUCAGACCCAGGGCUGAGGAGGAGCCUGUUGGUGAUUCCUGUUUUGAGGCUGGGGGAAAGACCAGUAUCGAAAUUGGGGCUGAGGCCACUUCUGAAUCUGUGCUAGCAGCUAAUGAUGAAGAGGCCAUUGUUGGUUCUUGGUUUUGGGCUAGUGAAGAAGUUAAACUAGAAGCUGAGGAAGAGACUAUUUUUGGGCCUUGGUUCUGGGGCAUUGAUGAACCCAGGGUGGAAUCUGAUGUUGGCUUGAGCUGUGAGUCCAGGCCAAGGUCUGAGGAAGAAAUCAUUGAUCCCUGGUUCUGGGCUGGAGAAGUCAACAUAGAAUCUGGGGUUGGAGAAGAGACCAGGUCAGAAUCAGAAGAAGAGACUGUAUUUGUGUCCUGGUUUUGGUCUGAGAAUCAGACCCCUAUGAAUUCUGGAGCUGAAGCUAGUUGUGACAUCAUGCCAGGAGCUGAAGAGGAGGAGGAAGAAGAUGAACCCAUAUUUGGUUCCUGGUUCUGGGCUGGAAUAGAUGCUUGUGUGGAGGCUGAGGUCAACAACAAGUCUAUGCUGGAGGAUGAGGAUGAGGGCAUUAUAUCAUCUUGGUUCGGGGCCAGAGAAGAGGCCAGUAUGAAGUAUGAGGCUGGUGGCAGAUACAAAUUUAUUGCAGAAUCCAAGGAUACUGAUAAUAAGUCUUGCUUUUGGGCAGAAGAAGAACUUUGCAUGUAUCCUUCCAACAGAGGAAGUUGGAAGUCUAGAUCUGAGGAGGAGGAGGAGGACACUGUUGAUUCAUGGCUCUGGUCUAGAAAAUAUCCAAGAUCAGAAGCCAUUGCAGGGUCCUGGUUAUGGGCUGCAGGAGGGAGCAGUAUCGAUCAUGAGACUGGAGAAGAGGCCAAGUUACCAACUGAAGAGGAGACCAUGAUCAAGUCCUGGUUCCGCAAAGAAGAAGAAGCCAUAGAUGCUACCAACAGAAAGGAGUCCAGUUCAGUAACUGAGGAGGAAGAUUUUAUUGGUUCUUGGUUCUGGGCUGGGGAAGAGGACAGGCUUGGGGCAUCAGCUGAGGCAAAAGAAGAGAACAGGGUAGCAUCUGAGGAGGAACCUAUGGUUGGGUCCUGGUUCUGGGCCAAGGAAGAGGCCAUUAGAGAGGCUGAAUUUUGCAGCAAAUACAGUUCCAAAGCUGAUGAAGAGGAAGUCGUUGUUGGGUCUUGGUUCUGGGAAGAGACCAGUUUGGAGGCAGUGGUGACAGGGGACAUCCUGUCACAGGAGUCCAAGCCUGAGACUAAGGAGGCAGAAAUCAUGGUUGGGUCCUAUUUCUGGACUGAAGAAGCCAGUGUAGAGUCUGGGUCUCAGGUAGUAGAAGAAACUAGGUCAAAGACUGAAGAGACCAUUUUUGGGUCCUGGUUAUGGGCUAGAAAAGAAUUCAAUAGAGAAACAGAAAUAGGCGGUGUGUCCAAGCCAGAGGAUGAUGAAGAAAUGAUUGUCGAGUCCUGGUUCUGGUCUGGAGACAGGGCCAUUAAGGAAACUGAAACUGUGACCUCCUGUAAGUUCAUGCCAGAAAAUGAGAACGGGGUACUUCUUGGGUCUUGUUUUGAAUCUAAAGAUGAGGUAAAUAACAGUACUGGUAAUGAAACCAACCAUGAGUCCUGGACAUUAGCUGAUGAAGAUGAGGCCAUAGUGGGGUCAUGGUUCUGGGCAGGAGAUGAGACCCAUUUUGAAUCAAAUCCUACCCCUGUGUUCAGGGCCAUUUGCAAGUCUGGGUAUUCCCCUGAGCAGGGACCUGAUCCUUCACGUAGACCCCAGAGCUGGGAAGAGGUCACUGUUCAGUUCAAACCUGGUCCAUGGUCUAGGGUUGGCUUUCCAUCCAUAAGCCCCUGUGGAUUUCCAAAAGAAGCAGCAUCUCUCUUCUUUGAAAUGUUUGGGGGGAAGCCAAAGCCUGUGGAACUUAGCCCAGGAGGGGAAGAGCAGGAAUCCGUACAUCAGCCUGAACCCGAGUUCCCAUUUCAGUAUGAUCCCUCCUACCGAUCUGUGCGGGAAAUCCGAGAGCAUCUUAGGGCCAGGGAGAGUGCAGAGCCUGAGAACUGGUCCUGCAGCUGCAUACAGUGUGAGCUUAGAAUUGAUUCUGAAGAGUUUGAAGAACUUCUUUUAUUAAUGGACAAAAUUCGAGAUCCUUUCAUUCAUGAAAUCUCUAAAAUUGCAAUGGGUAUGAGAAGUGCUUCUCAAUUUACUCGUGAUUUCAUUCGGGAUUCAGGCAUUGUCUCACUUAUUGAAACUUUACUCAAUUAUCCAUCCUCCCGAGUUAGGACAAGGUUUUUGGAAAACAUGAUUCUCAUGGCUCCACCUUAUCCAAAUCUAAACAUGAUUCAGACAUAUGUAUGUCAAGUGUGUGAGGAAACCCUUUCUUAUAGUAUAGAUUCCCCUGAGCAACUGUCUGGAUUAAGGAUGAUUGGACAUCUCACGACUACUACUGACUAUCAUGAACUGGUUGCCAAUUAUAUGUCUGGGUUUCUUUCCUUACUAGCUACAGGCAAUGCUGCAACAAGGUUUCAAAUUUUGAAAAUGCUACUGAAUUUGUCUGAAAAUCUUGUCAUGACAAAAGACCUUAUCAGCACUGGAGCAAUGUCAGAAUUUAUGGAUAUCUUUAAUAGGGAAGAGACAAAUGAUAAUAUUGAAAUUGUUCUUGCAAUAUUUGAGAAUAUCAGUAACAAUAUCAAGAAAGAGGCAGUGUUCACUGAUGAUGAUAUAGAUCUUGAUCCACUUAUUUCUGCAUUCCAUGAAGCUGAGAAAUUUGCUAAGGAAUUACAAAGGAAAAUAAACCAUCAAAAUGACCCUGAAGCAGGUCAAGAAAAAUCAUAUGAAUAAUCACUUGCCUCUGAUUGUCCUUAUGUUCCUGAAUUAUGAUCCUUGGGUAAUGUUUUGUUUUCCACAGUUGGUUCUGUGUUGCAGUGUACAACUUUAACUUUACCCAACCCUGUGUGUAAUCUGGAUCAUUUUUCUCAUGCCAAAUGAAUAUUGGAACUGAAAAACAUAUUUGUUGAUAUUUGUCUUGUUGAGAUUGUGAUAGUUAGUAUUUGAGCUUAUAAUGAACUGAGCCAUCAUAAAUAAGCUACUCUUCUGAUUGUUGUUCUAAUGUAUAGAUAUCUAUUAGUCUUCUUCGUGUUUCAAUAAAGUUCUGUGUAA